GGUUCGCUUUCUUCUCUCUGUCUCUCUCGCUCUCUCCCCCUGUCCAUGUGAUUUUGUUCAUCCAGAUUCGCUCUCUGUACAAAAGCCGCGGGAUUCUCCUCUGCUGCGCUUUACAGCUCCCAUUUCCAAGAUCUGUCUGCACAAUCUAUCUCUGGUUUCCUGACGCUUAUGUGCUCUCUGCUACCUCGAUUUUCUGAGCCUUUCUUGUGUUUUGUGAGGUUCAUAGCUUCAUUUUUACUCUCCCUAUUGUCUUCAGCUAUAAUAGGAAUCCGUUUGUUGAAGCUUGGAAGGAAAAGUGGUUCUUUGGGUGACUAAAAAAAGCCGAAUUCGGUUCAUUUUCUUCUAGGGUUUUGUUUCGUCCUGGGAGGAAUUACAGUUUCUUGGGGUUUGGUAUUGUUGAGCUAUUUGUGAGAGUCUUUUCGGGUUUGAAAUUUUUCCUAGAUGGAUAAGGAGAAAUUCCCAGGCCAUGGUGGAGGUUUUCCACCACCGUCUGGCCGUUACUCAGGUUUUUCGCCAACUGGAAGUAGUUUCAAUGUGAAACCUGAGCCAUCCUCUGCAUCACCAUCAUACCCGCCACUGGCCCCGGGUGCUAGUUCAGACUCAGGUCAUUUUGGGCAUGGCAUGAAUGCAGAUUCUAGUCGCUUUAGCCAUGAUAUUAGCCGAAUGGCCGAUACCCCACGGAGGAAUUUGGGUCAUAGACGUGCCCAUUCGGAAAUUCUCACCCUUCCUGAUGAUAUUAGCUUUGAUAGUGAUCUCGGUGUUGUGGGUGGUGCGGAUGGGCCUUCAUUUUCGGAUGAGACUGAGGAGGACUUGUUUUCUAUGUACCUUGAUAUGGACAAGUUCAAUUCAUCAUCUGCUACGUCAGCAUUUCAAGUGGGUGAGCCAUCGUCUGCUGCGGCUGCACCAACUCUGGCAAUGACAUCCAUGCCAACACCAGCGUCUGGAGCUGCAACUUCUGCCGAGAAUGUUGCAAUUGGUUCUAAUGAGAGGCCCAGAGUUAGGCACCAACAUAGCCAAUCCAUGGAUGGGUCAACGACAAUCAAAUCGGAGAUGCUUGUCUCAGGUUCAGAUGAAAUCUCCGCAGUGGAUUCCAAGAAAGCCAUGUCAGCUACUAAGCUUGCGGAGCUUGCUUUAAUUGAUCCCAAGCGUGCAAAGAGGAUCUGGGCAAACAGGCAGUCAGCUGCUAGAUCAAAGGAAAGGAAGAUGCGAUACAUUGCUGAGCUUGAAAGGAAAGUGCAGACACUGCAAACAGAAGCAACUUCCUUGUCUGCUCAACUGACCCUCUUGCAGAGAGAUACGAAUGGUCUGAAUGCUGAGAACAGUGAACUGAAGCUGCGCUUGCAAACAAUGGAGCAACAGGUUCACUUGCAAGAUGCACUAAAUGAUGCACUCAAAGAGGAGAUUCAGCAUUUGAAAGUAUUGACUGGCCAAACUAUGCCAAAUGGUGGAUCUAUGAUGAAUUUUGCUUCUUUUGGAGCUGGCCAGCAAUUCUAUCCUAACAAUCAUGCGAUGCACACACUUUUAACUGCACAGCAGUUUCAACAGCUUCAGAUUCAUCCUCAGAAGCAGCAGCAUCAGUUUCAGCAGCAUCAACUGCAUCAGCUUCAACAGCAACAAAUGCAGCAGCAGCAGGAUCAACAGCAACAGCAACAACAAACAGGAGACCUGAAAAUCAGAGGAUCCAUAUCUUCUCCCAGCCAAAAUGAAAAUGCUUCAGAUGUCAACUCCUCUGUUUCCAAAGAGUGUUGAUGGGCCAGUAGGGCAGGUAUUGAAAGAGUCGUUGUUCAAAAUUGUAGUUCAGAUCCAUCACAGAUAGGAAAGUCUUCCCAUCCCCCCUUCUUUUUAAAUAUGUUAAGUCUUUAUCACAUUUUGUAUUUAGGCAGUUCUAGAUAUGAUUUUAGUUUUAGAUUGAAUUGUUGACUUUAGACAUUGUAUCUGUAGGAAGAAGUGUAUGGGAUUUUAGUUUUAGUUUGAUUUGGUUUAAUGGGAUGCUGAUGAAUUCAAAUUUUUGAGGUUUGGUGUGGCUCUCUCUCUCUCUCUCUCUCUAACAGACCUAUGCCAGCAUUUCAGACUGGAAAUUGAUUUGUCAAUUCUACCUUGGAAUUCGGUUCA